AUGUAUCCUUUCAAACAGCCGUCGGAAUUAAUUCAAGCCUUAUGUGAUGGUACCAAUGAUCGUAAUCGUGGUGUUUUGAGUGAUAGUAAUAGGUACAGUGGUAGUAAUAUUACGGAAGGAUUUAUCAACAAUAGGGAGGACAACGAUUCAAUGAUCAAAUUAACCGUGAAACCAUCAUCACCAUCGGGAUAUACUAAAGUUAGCGCUUUGAAAAGUUUGAAAAAUCUAGUGAUUGGAAACCCAAAAAAGAAGCAGUUAGUUGCUGAAAUGGGUGUGUUACCAAUCCUUGUGGAUAUUCUACAAAAUUCUAAAGACGAAGAUCUGCUUAUUCAGAGCGCAGCCACUAUUGGGAGUUUAGCCCAUUGUAACGAACUAAUUUCUCUCAUCAUUCAAACGGAGCCUACAUUAAAUUUUCUCUCUCGUCACCUCAGCUCCUUCAAUUACACUAAGAAACUGACAGAAACGGUCGCCAGAAGCUUGUUUAACAUUUUCUCUAAAGACAUUCAAAGUGUAAUAUCUUCAAAUAAUUUAGGAACCCAGAAUGCAGAUUUUGAAAUUGUCAAGAACAUGCCUCUUUUAAUUGAACUGUUGAGCUGUCCAAACCAAACUGUAAAUGAAAUGGCAGCGUGUGUCAUAAGAUUUUGUUUUUCUUCAGAGCAACGUGCUCAACACUACUCUACAUACGGAGAAAAAAUUUUGCCUCAAUUAUUCAGAUUGCUUCACUCUAGAUUUUCUUCAACCUCUCACGAGGUAAUUUUAGAUGCCAUUUGUAAAAUACUUUUCUUCACUAAGAGCAAGGAUAUUGCAGACUUUAUUUGUAAUGAAAAUUCAUACCUUGAAUUAUUGACAGGAUUUUGCUUCCAUGAAAAAUUAGAAAUCAAGCUGAGUGCUAUCGAUUGUGUGUUACUACUGCAGAAACUUAAUUCCACUUUAGGCAAAAUUUCUCAUCAAGAUAUCUCCACAAGCUUAGUACCAGAAUUUUCAAAGAUAUUGAACGAUAUUUCUGAGUCAUCUCCUGCUCUUUCUUUGCAAAGUUUUAAAAGAGUACUUCUAUCAAUGUGUCUUUGUAUGGAAUGUGACGAGGAAAUCCAAUCAGAUUUUGUUUCUGCUAAAUUUAUUUCCAAACUGAUUAGUAUUUCACAAAAGAUGCAAGCAGAUGCUGGUGGCGACAGCAAAUUCGGAAAUAUUACUGCGGGCCUCGAGCUUUUUCAAACUAUUACCAUGUUAUGUUCUAACAAUGAGGAAGCUCGUUCACAAAUGAUUGAGUCACCUUUCUUUAUCAAAAGCAUAUUACUCUCAUGUUUGGACUUGGAGAAAAAUCCUCAACUUUCAACGCCACUGGUUGAAGCUGCAUUAUCUUGCAUCAAAGUCCUCUCAAGAGCACAGAAGCAACUCCGAUCAACUUUGGUAUCCUCUUCUGGUAAUUUGCUUUCAAUCCUGUGCCACUUCAUAUGCCACUACAGCGGCUUGGAAAUAACCAUACGAAAGCUGGCAAUCCAAACACUCCAUAAUUUAGCUCUGGACUUGGAAACAGUGAAAGAUUUUGUUCACAAUAAUCAAAAAUUGCUUGAAACGAUAUCAGAGUUUUGUCAAAAUGCCUCCAAUUCAUCAAUAAUUAGAACAAGUAUGAUUACACUUGCAAGGAAUAUUCUCUACAGGGCUGAAUUUCCCCUAAAGAAGAAGUUCAUUGAACACUUCCCAAUUUCUAAAAUGGUUAACCUGAUAUUGCCAAAUGAAUGCGAUUUAAGCCAAACUCAAGUUGAGUUUAAAGUUGGAGUUUUGAGCUGCAUUAGAAAUUUAAUAUUUGGAGAAACAAACGAAGUUGAACAUGAAAUUUUGUCUGCCAAUGUAUGUCAAGAGUUGGUAGUAACACUGCUUCAUCAUCUUACCACUAAUGGUUCACUGGAUCCUUCUUUCACUUCGGAAAUUUAUUACGUUUUUGCCAAUAUUAUGGCUGGAUGUAGAAAUGAAAUGAAGCGAUAUCUCUUGAAUAGGGAUAUUUUGGAUAUAACUUUUAAACAAACACAUUCGAAAAACGAGGAGGUUGUGAAAUCAACCCUGUUCUUCCUGAGCAAUCUUGUGUGGGACAGAAAUGAUGAGACUUUUCAAAAAGAGUGUUACCAACAUCUCAGAACGUAUGCACAAGGAGGCAAACUUGUCAACGAUGAAGCAUCAACAAACGAAAUCUAUUCUUUUCAGACUCUUGUCCAUCAAGUGAACACACAAUACAAGCAAUUAGAGGAUCGUUGUAAAUAA